AUGGAGUAUUUGUCUGGCGGCAGCCUGAAGGAUCUGAUUGACAACAACACGCUGAGCACCAAGAUUGUGCGAUUCUACACAGCAGAAUUAAUCUGUGGCAUCCAGUUCCUCCACGGCCAUGGCAUCGCCCAUCGAGACAUCAAGCCAGCCAACAUCAUGCUGGAUACAGAUGGUCACAUUCGAAUCAUAGACCUGGGGCUGGCACAAGACGGCCUGACUGCGUCCAGUAAGAUCUGUGGACGGGCAGGAACAUACCGUUACAUGGCCCCAGAGGUGCACCUGGGGAAAUCAUACACUGUAGCAGUGGACUGGUGGAGCCUGGGGAUAACUGUGUCCAAAAUGUCAUCUGCACGUUUCCCAUUUUACAGUGGCCGCCAGAGGAAAAAGGUUUAUGAGUCAAUUACCACCGAGCAGCCAACAUUUCCACCAUGGCUGGAUAUAAACCUGAAAGAUCUUAUUAAAGCACUGCUACAGAAAGACCCAGAGAAGCGCUUGUGUGUGUCAGAAAACAUCAGAGACCACCUAUUUUUCGAAACCAUCUGUUGGGAGGAAAUGGAGAUGAGGAGUGCAGAGCCUCCCUUUAGACCUCUCCAUCAUGAUCUAAAGAGGAGCCAUCUGGAGUGGUCGGAAAAUGAACCAGCUGUUCACCCUGUGUCCGGCUUUUCCUUCCUGUCACCUAGCUGGACACAGUAGGUUGAACCCUUUCCGCCAGCCCAGAGACCUAUGCCUCUUCUGCCUGCUGCUUGUGUACCAGACCUCAGUUUGCCCCAGACUAUGCCUCUCUCUGCUG